AUUUCAUACUAAUAAAAUUAAGAUGGACUUAAGAGGAAGCAUCAAUCAAUGGCGCACGUUGACAAAACAGCUUAUAAUUCGAUCAGCUGAGUUAUUACUAGAAGCUAGAUUUCCAGAAAUGGCUAGUGGACCAAACAGCAUUGAUAACCCACUAAAUUACCCUUGGAGGAAAUAAAUUCUUUGGAAAAUUUGGAUUAAAGAGGGAUCUCAAGACUUUCCCAGACUUUAACAAAAUAGGUGAAGUUAAUUCUCUGGCACUCAGUUUUUACGUCUCACCAUUAAGUGCGAAAGUUAGCCCGAGAGGAGAAUCAAGCAAAGACUGAGACAAUCGAGGUGAUAUAAAAACUAUAGAAACAUGGAAUAUUUCACUGUUAAUCAACGAAGACUAUACAGAUGACGACAAAAGACUAAUCAACUGCUAUUCAAAAAUCUUGGGGAACAUUAGUUCUAAGGUGAAGGAACUACCAAGUUCAGAGUUUGUAAAUAAGAUUGGGAAGAGACUUGGAGAGCUUGAGCACAUUCUUCAUUACCAACUUAGGUCGGACCCCACCUCAUCUACUUCUCCGGUCGAGAAAACUACAUCAAAGUGAGGAAUCUCUGGAGUCAAAUCAAAAACAAAAUCGACUGAAUUUAAAUUUGAUAUCGGUUUUGGCUCCAUUAAGUAUGAAAUUGAGUAUAUAACAAUAAAAUCAUUGGCUAAAAUCAAUCAGUAUCUGCUCAAGAACUUUGAUCCUGCAUAUUCUAACAUUGAAGAAAGUAAAAUUAAGCAUGGUUUUAGUAAUCACUCAAAAUCGCGAGAUUCCUCUGAAGACUCAAAAGAAGAAGAGUAUGUUGCUCUUGAUGAUUCUGAUGAUUUUGUACUUAUCACCACUUCUGAUCACUUUGUUGAUCUUAAGGAAGACGGUAAAGAUCUUUCUCAUCAGGACACAAAAGUGAACCCUCAAAAGUCUUCUUCUGGAGUAAACGAUGACGAUGAUUAUAAUUUUGACUCAGUAGCUUUAUUCAACAAUAAGAAUCCUUCCUCGAAAAUAAAAGAUGUUCCUUCUUUAAAAUAUGCUGAUCCACAGAGGAAGAGGAUCAACUCAGAUACCACUGCCUGAUCGAGAGUCAAGAAUAUGCUGACUAAGCUAAAGCUUUAUGAAAAUGAGAAAAACCCUGAAGUGUUCGAGAAAAAGCAAUUUGAAUUUAAGAACGUAGUCUCACCAGCAUAUAUUGAUAACUUGGUUAUUAAUGAAGCAUAUUUCGAUAGACAAGAUGAACCUAAGCCGAAGAAAAAGGAAAGUUUCCAUGAUGAUUUCGAGGACGAUGAGUUUAACCCUUUCAGAGAGUCUUCAAAGAAGGCUUCAGAUGCUUUGUCAUCACCAAAAUCUAACCAGGGUCCAGCAUUUAGAGGUUUGAGAGAGUUUAGAACUUCGAUUGAUGCAAGUGAUCCAAAUUAUAUGAAUAAUAUGACAACCAGAAAUCUUAGAGGCAACAAGACUCACAGAAAAUUUACACUCAGCUUCGAUGGAGACAAUAAACAGUCUCAAGAGGUUGAGGAUUCUUUUGUAAAAUUAGAUGACGGCAUCUCUAUGCCUUAUAAACUUAAUAGUUUCAGAGAGAAUGAAGAAAUCAUCAAGGAGGAAGAAGAUGCUAGCUUUGAAAUUGAGCAUGAAGAUGAUUACUUUACAGAUGAUCUUGCUGAUUUUAUCCCUCACAUAGACAAAAGCUUGCAGAUUAAUGCUGAUACUCAAGAGUAUGAUAUGGGUGAUGAGAGUCCUUAUAAAUCAAAAAUGCAUGGUGCUAAAUUGGGAGAAGAAAUAAUCGAAAAUAACUCUGCAGAAUUUGAAAGCAUUCUUCUAUCCCUUGGACAAGCCAUAACUGACUCCACUAUCAAUAACCUUGAUACUAGUGAUGAUUAUUGCCUUUUCCUGAACAAUAUGGAGGAUCUAAGAAAGAGAAUAGAUAGUAGAGCUACAGAAGUGAGCUGCGAUUCAUAUUCAUCAUCAAGAGAUAGGAAAAGUUUGACCACUUCAACCGAUUAUAACAGCGAAACAAGAGAAAUUCUCCUGAAUAAUUAUAUGGAGAUUAUUGAGCUGAAGGAGAAGAUAAAUAAGAGUUCCUUCGACUCUAUCCUUAACUAAUUUCUCUAUACUUUUAACAACACAAUUUCUUGCUCUGGUGGGACUGUAUCUUUAUAAAUUAUUUUUUAUUACAUGUGUAGGUGAUACUAAUAAAAAUUAUUAACAUAUUGACACAUUGUUGCUUGGUAACCAAGAAUGGGUGAAGACCCAAUCUUAUGACAGCCCAGCUGAGGCAGACCCUUUAUGUCUUCCGAGAUCUUAAGCCUUCUUUAAAUUCACCGAAAUAUUCGAAUCAAGGAAGUCCUCACUGAUUUUAUCAUCCUUGACAUCUUUAAUAGUUACUUUAAAAUAGAAUAAGCUUUAUUUUACGGUGAAUGAGUCUAAUCUGAUAUGCUCUUGCUAUUAUAUGCUAACAGAAAGGAAGUGGCCUUGUUAAUUUUUAUUCAGAAAUAUAAUAAUUUCUAACAAAUGAAGAUACGCAACAAAUCAUCCAAUCAGAUUAAUCUAAUCUGCCAUUUCAUUAUUUAAUUUCA